GAUCUGAUGUAUAUGCGAUGUUCCAACGACCACUGAGUAACAGCAACUCCUUAUUUUAUACUGACUGCCAGCAAUGCCAUCAAUACCUACCCCCCCCAGAAAACAUCCCAGCAUUUCACAGUGACUCGGACCAAGCAGGACAAAUAUCGGAGAAUCCUAUUAGUAUAAAGCCUCCUCCCCAGCGAGGGUAAGAAUCCGCAGCAGACGGCGACAAGAUGAGCGUCUUCGCAAAUCUCCGAACAAAUCCCCACUUCCCAUGUCUGAACUCGCUGCCUGGUGAACUAUCUAUCAGUGCGGCACCAAUGAGGGAAUAUGCAGAAAGACCCUGGUGCUUCCUAGGGGAAAUCACCCAAGCCACAAUCGUUCGGUUCUUUAGCGUGGAAUUGUCUGUUCGCGAUAGCGAUGGCGCCGGGCUCACAGUUAUCUUCGCCUGUCACGAUGAGCCUCCUCAGAAGAAUUUACAACCAGGUCGGGCCAUUCUUAUCUUAAACCCGUACAAAAGACCCCUGGGGGGCGGGAAGAUUGGAAUUGCGGUGAAUGACCUUGGGCAUUUCAAGGUGUUGCCAUUUGGGAUGCAGGCGUUGUUCGAGCUCAAUGAUAGGGUACAGACAUUCUGUAGCCCUAUCCACGGGAAAAGACCCUGUCACGGAUGUGGUACGAGAAAAAGAAUCAUAAAUAAAUGUCAGCAGUGCUUGUUCUUUUGGUAUUGCAAUAGGGAAUGUCAGGAGCAAGCCAAGCGCCACUUGGGACAUAGAGAUGACUGCGCCGUGCUCCAGGACCCAGAUAUGCGUGCAUUAUUUCGCCUUCAAUGGGGAGAGUUAGAUGAGUUUAAAUGUCUACUACUAAAUGCUCAAGAGAAACGGUUAUAGAUGUAACAUCACACAUACAUACACACUACUAUCCUAG